AUCUCACGCAACAUACACCUUCCACUUGUAGCCCUGGCUUACUGCCUAUAAUCUUUUUAUGUGAUUGUAUAUACAGGGAACUGCGGAAGUAUUUACCCUAGUUAUUGCUCAACGCACAUUUUACACUACAUAUCUUCCCCUUGCAUGGGGCCUUGAUUGCUACGCUAGACACCCGGCUUCGUCGGAGACACCGAAGUAGUUAACUUAACCUACCUGGUCUCUCCACUCACCACCCCUUCCUCCGAAGAAGCAACGCACAAUGUCCGACAAAAGCAUCCCGUUGGCGUGCCAACACCUCCUCUACAACUGGGCAAACAGCAUAGACACAAAGGCCUGGGCGAGUCUGUUGGCUCUGUUCGCCCCCAUGAUCGACGUGGAUUACUCGGCCCUCGGCCUACUGAAGGCUGCCGCCGUUCAACCUGCUCUCUAUGUACGUCAAGUGUCAAGUCCACGCCAAUUGGGGAACCCCGAUAUACAGACGCAACAUAUGAUCGGCGCUUGUAAAUGGACGCGGGAGUCGGAAUCACACGCCAGAGUUGCUUUCCAGAUCCUGGCAGCUCAUAGGAGGGAACCCCAGGCCGGUGAUGCCGCUAUUCUAGCUACGGGCCACGGGGUUAACACCAUGGACUUUGCCCAGAUUGAUGGGGAGUGGAAGAUUGCGGCGCUCAAGGUUGGAGUCCUAUGGGUCGAGGGUGAUAUUAACGACAUCUUCAAGCCUAGGCUUUAGGAUCUUCUACUCAUUGGUUUUCGCUCCGUUGAAAAUGAAACCUCUGCUGGUGGAAAGGCAAACGUAGCAAUGUGAGAACUUCAUCCAUGUGCACAUAUGUCUUGACCAAGAAUGACAAGAAAUCUGAAGCUGCUGUAAUAUCAUGCUACGAGCUUCCAGUAGCGGGAAGGAUAAUAUUGUGCCACUGCCAGGCGCCCAGAUGCCAGUGCCAGCCUCCCUCUUCUGGAAGGUGGUAUAUUACUCAACUAAGAUGAAACAACCGUGCUGGCUGUGAUCAACACUCCGCUCAGUACGGUAAGAUCAAUAGAGUUUUUGAGCCAUCCUACGGAUGGCCGCUUGCUAGCCUGCACGACCAGCUCGAAUGCAGAGGACCCCCGCUCGUUUGCAGCCAAUCUGGCAUCUUGCUUGGACCUGCGUAUUCAAUGCUCCGGCUAUCUCGCCACAGCAUUGAAUUCAACUUGUAGAAUAUAGAACUCGACAAGAUCCAAUGGCUAUCGAAGAAUGGAAGUUUAAUUUCCAAAAAUAUAGAACAAGCAAACACGGUUGCCGAAACGGAACCGGAUGAGCCGGC